ACUGACGUGGCAGGCGGCGUACUGACGUGCCGUAGGUUUAAGUUUGUUUGCUAAUGUUAGCCGUAUUAUCAGCAGAGUUAGCUUGUUUUUUUCUGCUCCUUAGUCCGGGUUAACGGACAGUGAAGACGGGGAACGACUGUCGAGAAGCACUGCAAGGUUUCACCAGCCAGGACAAACUCUGGUUUGUGUUGCGUUCGAAGGAGCUGGAGUUCAAACUUUAGGAGAAUGAAUAUUGGCUCUAAAAGUAAGAAGCGGAUGGUGCUGCCCAGCCGUCCUGAGCCCCCGACCGUGGACCAGAUCCUGGAAGACCUCGACAGAGCUGCUCCUGAUGACCCGAUCUUCAGCAUCCUAGAAAAGACUGGACAAGACGUGCCCCGUCCCGCAGACAGCGAGGUGGAGCUGCGGUUCCAGCAGUGUCGUCGAUAUCUGGAGCUGAACAAGGAGCUGCAGGAGGCUCGGGACCGGCUGGUACAGCAGAGGGAAGAGCUGAAAGCAGCAGGAGAGCAGGCAGACAAAGAGGUGGAAGAAAUCAAAAGUCAACAACUCUGAUUUGACCUUCCCUGUUGGACAGACUCUCCUUGUCAUUCGUGGUCUGGCUCGGUUUCACUGAAGUUUUCUCAAACUCACUGACUCGACACAAACCUGCGCUGGUGCCACUGCGUCAGGCGCACAGCACUAGCUGACCUCUAACCCUAGAGCAGAAGUACAUGAUUUUGUAUGUAAGGAUUGUUGGAGAUCAAGACUACUUCACAAUAAGUCUGAUGCUGAGCAAAGCUUUAAAUGUGAAGCAACAUGAAGAGUUUGAUGUCAAUCAUUACUAAGUUAUAAUUAGUAUAGUUAAUGUCUGUCAUGUAGCAGUUUAAUAUUUCACAUUUUUCCAGGUGUAUGUUAACUGAGAUUGAAAUAAAUGUUGAUGUAAUGCA